UAUCUAUAUCUAGCCAUCUUUCUCAAUCUAUCUUUUCUCCAAAGCUCAAAAUGUUGCAGCUUCAAAACCCUUUUGUUCUCUUACUUUCAUCAUUGUUUUUAACAUUCCUUCAUCAUUGUUCUGCUACACAAUUCAUAGUGGGGGAUUCAGCUGGUUGGGUGAUUCCACCAUAUCCAACAUACUAUACUAAUUGGACCGACUCAUAUUUCCUCAGAGAAGGAGACUCUCUAGAAUUCAACUUCGACACAAAAUUCUACAACCUAAUUCAAGUAUCACAAUCCGAAUACGAGCAUUGCACAGCCCUUGAACCUUUGAAGGUAUUUAAUAGUAGUCCGGUUAAUUUCCCAUUAAAGGAGAGAGGUGUCUACUAUUUCAUAUGUAGUGUCUCAAAUUAUUGUACUUUAGGUCAAAAGAUUAAAAUUUAUGUCCAUCAAAGUGCACCAAAAAUAUCCCCAACACCCUCAGCAUCACCUCCACAACAAAAAGCACCAAUGAUAUCUCCACAAAUAUCACCAAAUGGUUCAGUUCCUCAACCUAGUGGCAGCAUCAAUCCUCCACCACCUAGCAAUGUGCCCUCUCCUACUCCUGGAUGUCCAUCUUCAUUUCAAGGGAAAAAGUUUGAUAUUGAUGUGAAAUUGGUUUGUGCUAUGCUUGGUACAUUCAUAGGAUUUUGGGUGAUGUAAGAAAGACAUGACAAUUAGGGAUUCAUAUUGCAUGCAAUCAACACAUUUGAUUUUAAUAAGACGGAGAUGUCAUGUGUGCAAUAUGGAUCCGACAUUUAGGGUGUUUUUAGAUCAGUUUGAUUAUGUUUAGUGAUUUAGUAGGGUUAAUUUUGGUUUUGAUUAAAUUGAAUUGGGAUUCUCAUUUACUUGUUAUUAUGUAAUGGGAUAUUUUGAGUUUUUAGUAUCUGAUUUUGAGUA